AUGUUAAACCAUGUUGUGGCUGUUGAGUUUGAUAGUUUCGUAAAUGAAUGGGACCCUAACUUCCCAGUAUCUGAUUCUCCUCACAUAGGAAUUGACAUCAAUUCGAUUAGGUCUGUGGCAACUGCGCCAUGGCCACUUGAAAGUCAACCACAUGGAUCAGUAGGAAAAGCACGUAUAAGCUAUCAAUCUUCCUCCAAGAUUUUGAGUGUCUCCCUCGAUUAUCCAAAUAGUCCUGUGAAUGCCACUGUUUUAUCUUAUCCCGUCAACUUAGGGACUGUUCUGCCCGAAUGGGUCCGAUUCGGUUUCACUGGUACCACAGGUGACUUGGUUGAAACGCAUGACAUUCUUUCAUGGUACCUCCCCCUCUCCACCGGGAAGUUGGACAAGCGGUCAAAGCUUGAAGAUCACCGAACAGCCAAUGUUGCGAGCGAUCGAGCAACAAGGAAAAAAGAAGACAAGCGAAGAACCCGGUUCAAGCAUCGGAAAGCGACAAAGCCACGUCAGAAAAGAGGAAUCGGUGAUCGUGUAUGA